AUGGAGGCCUUCAUCUACUCCCCUUUCAGCACAUACCAGGGCUUCAGGGGCAGCCUCACGCCGAGCCGCAGCGGCGACCCGGCGGUGAAGCUUACGCCGAGCCGCAGCGGGGACCCGGCGGUGAAGCAGCCCAGCUGGAAGCAGAGCAAGAGCAGCGGCAUCAGCCCCUUCCUCGGGAGGCCCCUCACCCCCAUGUCCUCUGACUACCUGGACAGCUACCGACGGGCCCAGCUCCAGGCCCUGCUGUCGCAGGUGAGCCCCGGGCUGAUGCCGCGGCUGUGCCGGGUGAACACCAAGGAGGUGGGCGUGCAGGUGAACCUGCGGGCCGACGCUGCCGUGCAGUGCUCGCUGGGGCUGCGCACAUUGCCCCUCGGCUGCCCCCUUAACGCCGCUGCCCUCCGCGCCCAUGGGCACCUCGCUGUCUACUCACCUGUGCCGGACCGCCGCCUCUUCACGCUACCUGAGGCCACUGGAUCCCAGGAGAAGGAGGAGGUGGUGUUGGAAAUGACCCCCGAGGAGCAGAAGGUGGAGGAUGGCAGCAGAAAGCAGCAGGAGGGCCAGGCAGAAGCUGCUCUGCCAAGUGAGGAGACAGCGGAGAUGCCACAGGAGGAGGCCGCAGCCCCCAGGCGACGGGCCACCUUCCAGUUUUUGGAGCAGAAGUAUGGCUAUUUCCACUGUAAAGACUGCAAGACCAGAUGGGAGAGUGCUUAUGUGUGGUGCAUUUCUGGAAGCAACAAGGUGUACUUUAAGCAGCUCUGUCGCAAAUGCCAAAAGGGCUUCAAUCCCUAUCGAGUGGAAGCAAUCCAGUGCCAGACCUGUUCAAAGACUCGUUGUUCCUGCCCUCAGAAGAAAAGGCACAUUGAUCUCAAGAGACCUCAUCGCCAAGAACUUUGUGGCCGCUGCAAAGGCAAGAGGCUGUCCUGUGAUAACACCUACAGCUUCAAAUAUAUUGUCUGA